CCCAUCAGUUACCUAUUCAUCGUCGAGAUACAACUUCUUCCUUAAAUUCACACAACAGUACCCACUCGACAAUUUACAUCACAGGGGGUGCGUCGCUGUUGGCCACCACCACCUUCCUUAGCUUUCUCCACUGUCGGUCGUGAUCGAAACAGAGUUGGUUGUUUUGCAAACUGUUCCUUUGUUGUGGAUACAGUUGCACUCGGAAUUGGAUUUUGAGUGGAGAUGGCAGGCAGAGGGCGAGGAAGAGGAGGACGGGGAUGGGGACGAGGAGGUGGAUUUACUACAUUUGCUUCUCAGGUGCCAUUUGAUCUUUUUCCUGAGGAUGUUACUUUGCCUGAGUUUAAAAUUGGUGAUAUAGAUGUUAAUACCAAAAAGUUGCUUAAUUGGAGUAACAAGUUACAAAAUUACUGGAAAGCCUCUCCUUAUCUUUUGGAGGAGGCAACCUCAAAGAAGAGGCAAACGAUGCACGUAGACAGGUUUUCUGAUAAGAAGACAAACGAUUUUACCCGUGACUCUCUGUCACAAGUUAUAACGUUCAAUGGUUUUCCUCACGAGUUGGUUCAAGGCAAAUCCAAGCGAAUGUCAAGAAGAAAAAAGUUUCGAUGGAACCCAGAGUCAGAGAUGAAGAAAAUGGAUUUCUUUGAACAACAAGAGAAAACAAACCAGGGAAAAGAGGAAACCGAUGAAGCCGAAAAGAAAGAGGGAGAAGAUGAAGAUGGUGAUGGUAAUGUAGAAGAGGAGGAUGAAGAAGAUAUGAGUGAUGAUGAUUAUAAUCAGAAUAUAGAUUUUGACGACGAUGAUGAUGAUUACAAUGAUGUAGAUGACGGGGAUGAUGAACCUAUCUAUUAAAUAGCAGUAUGAAGAAUGUUCUGCCCCUCUCGUGACAGGCUAUAGCUUCUGUAAUGAUAACAGGUUGUACGUUAGCCUUAUUUGGUCUUCCUCCUUGUAAAUGUUUAGUUUAAACAAGUAUACGACAUGACCAGAAAUGAAUUUUGUUUACAGAAAACAUGAAAAAAAGCAACUAUUUAUUUAGUAA